AGCUUUUAUAAAAAAAAAUCUUGUCACAGUUUUUUUCAAUAGGUUUAACGCGUUUGCAUUUUUGUCUUUAAUUUUUUUUUGUUAUUAAUGUUUGUUUUGUAAAUAAACAUUAAAAUCCAUAGUAUUAUGUAAGUUAUUCUAUUACCUUCCGGAAUUUAACUGGUUUAGAAAACUACUGAGCCCUGUGAUAUACCUAACUAGAUAAAACGUCCAAAGGAUCCACCAUUGAAGACGUAAUUUUUCUAAAAGUCAAAUAUAAUAAUUUGUUGAUUAAUUAAAAAUUUGCUCUUUUCACGGUGGUUAGAGCUUUGGGUCGAAGGCUACAUUAGUUCGUUCAAAGAAAUAAAAAAAUCAUUAGGGUUUUGUAAACUUACCUAAGCGAAAACAAUUCGUAAACGUACACAUGCCACAACGAAUGGCCGUAGAAAACUUCCAAACUCUUCACGCGCAUGUGGUGAGGAGCAAGGGAGAUGACGCACAGAGACGGCACUGUGGCUGCCUGAAAACCAGCGAGAAACUGAAGGAACUGCUGAAGAGCUUCCCCUCCCCGCCGCCGCCCUCCCCCGCCAAUGAUGAUUUAUCUGUAGAACAUUCGUCAAACCCAUUCGAUGUGAACUGCAUGACGGUGAAAGAGAUGUAUCCUUUCACCAACGCAGUGCCUAGCAGAUGCAUAUCAGCGUACUGCACACACAAGCGCGCGCGCGAGCGGUACGCCACGCCGCGGCUGAUGGAAGCCGAUGAAGCUUUGGAUGCCAGGGACGAUGCUUUCAACGCACAAGAUAAGAAAAUGAUGCGGAGCAGAACCUGGGUCAUGGUGUACGACCUGGUGCAGCUGAUCCAGCUGUCGGUGACGGCCACGGCGCUUGCGCUGUACUACCUCAUAUACUGCUACAUGCAGCUCGUCUAUUACACCUUGAGGAGCGCGCUCUACUUCCACAACGCUGAUGGGCCCAUGAAAGUGACGAUAGGAGUGGUGACGAUAACUUCAAUAAUAGUAGGCUUUAACCUCCUCAUACGGAUGGAGAAAGCUAUCGGGGUGUUUUAGGACAAGGAGCUUUGGAAACAUGUUGCCGUUUAAAAUAGGCAGGAAAACACAAAUCCCUUGUGCUAUAAAAAUGAAUUAACUGUAACAUGAAGAAAUUAAAGCUGAUGACCACAAAACGGUU